UCAUUCUGCCAUCUGUUACUUCGUUUUUACCCUACUUGUAUUCUUACAACCAACUCCAUUAUAUCGUCCAUAUCAUCUUUGUGCUUGAAGCCACCAUGAGCUGCCUUACGGGAUGUGGGAGCUACAAGCAUGCAAAAAUGCCCGAGGCCGACGAGAAGGGCACGGUGGGAUGCAUCCUCUUUCUCCGGUUCUGCGAGGUCAUCGUUGUUGGGAUACUAGCAUUCGCUGCCAAGGAUAACUACCAGCUGGUAAAGGACCAUGAUCAACUUUCAAGGCCUCCAUACAAUAAGAACGUCAUACUGUCGCAAGAGCUGCUGUAUGCGGGGAGUAUGGCAGCUUUUGGGUGGACCUUUGUUGGUUUCGGCCUCAUACUCACAUGGAAAGGCUGGGCAAUCUUCUGGUAUGGGCUUGUCGACCUUACGCUUUCCCUGGUUAUGGCCGUCGGCGCUGCCAUGCAAGCGAGUUACCUCCCGGCUACCCUGACUACAUGCAAAAAGGCGGACACUUGGCAGGUUCACGGUGACUAUCCCAGCUUUUUCGCCCUGGCCGCAAGCUAUAGGUCUCGGGAAGACGCCAAUGAUAGGUGCCACUCCUUCGUAUUAGUUUGGAUCUUAGGAGUAGUAGUGAUCGUCUUCCAAAUGCUCAUCGCCUACAUCGGCAUCUUUAGCGAUAUCCGCGAAUACAGUAUCCUCAACCCCUAUCGGCCCUUCGCGUGGUUCGUGGUUAUUGUCUUUGGAGGGCCAUACUGGCUUGCCUGCGCUACCGUUCGUCGAUCUCGAUUUCUAUACAGACUUCUGAAAAAGGUGGCACGUCAGCUUCGCGGGUGUAAGCCAAUCGAAUUUGAGAAGCCGCCGAAAUACGUUCCGAAUUACAGUGGCAUCAAAAUAUCAAACCCUAAGCUUGAGAACAUUUUCAACAUCGAGCAUCUGCUCCUGCCAAUCGCCAGUAACCUCCACUACGACGACCUAAUCAAUCUAAGUCUCACUUCAAAGAGCGUCCGGGAAGCAGUCUUCCCAGCCGGCGACUAUGAGCAUCGAGUUCGGAAGCUCAAGGCGUACUCCUGUAACAAUAACACGAAGAGUCGUUGCGAAUACUGCAAUAAGCAAGUUUGCGCCGAAUGCACCCAAUGCGCAAGAAUGCCCGGCCUUGCCGGCCUUCGCCAUCUCCAGCUCUGUAGACCCUCUUGCACAAAAUGCUACUUCAAAUCAAUCCGUCCUGGGCUACGACGCACUGCCAUAGACAAACGCCAAUGCCGAUGUUGGGUCUCUGACGCGUCGAUGCAAGACCACUGGAUCUGCGCCGAAUGCUAUGCCAAAUCCAAGUUUGGUUUUGAGCUGCAAGCAGCGAGGGAAAGGCGCUACAAAAAGCAACUGAGAGAAUAUGCGCAAGGGAUCGGACUACCAGACGGACAGAAGCUGGAGUGCCGCACAUGUAAGACUGAGAUGCAAGGCGGAUCUGUGAGAUGGUGGGUAUGCAGCAGGUGCUUUGGUGAAUGCACAAGUCACAUGCAUCCGGCGCAUGCACGAGUGAUGGCGCCAGGGGAUCUUGAGAAGGGGGAAGAAGGAGAUGCGGAGGCCCCGAAGACCUCAUGGUUGAAGUUCUUCCAGUGGAACUGAAGCAAUUGAUGAUCUCCGGAAGGUCACUUCAGUCCGUCUCCUUUCGAUUGGUGUAUUGGAUCUUCCCCCAUGUGACGUGGAAUACUCGCCCACUAGGGCGGCUUCAACCCGCCGAUACUCGACCUUCAACCAAUGACCAUGGCAACAUGACACACACCAGCCGCUCGAAUAUCACUCGGGAUCCCGCUUCCUGAUCUUGAAA